AUGGCUCCAUUAAUAUCAACAGUCGCCGAAUUGGUUCGCGCCCGAGCAGUGCAGUCGCUCGGCGGCGCCGACCGUUACGCCGCCGACGCAUUUGCUCCCCCGCAGACGCUCGACGACUCACCAAGCCGCAUCCUCGCUCGACAACAACAAAACCCACAAUCCGUACCGACGGUGCCUGUCCAGACCGUCCCCGGCGGGUAUAGCGUCACGGGUCCAGAUCCCGGAACUGUGGUGGGGAUCACGCUUGGGUCAGUGGCCGGCUUUCUGCUCAUCCUCUGGAUCAUCUACACGUGCAUCAACCUCGGCAACCCGGGCAUCGCGGAGACGACGAGUUCAUACGGAGGGACGGCAUCAGUCGUGACGAGGAAGACGCGCGGUCACUCUCACCACCGCCACUCAUCGCGACACCACAGCCGCCGGCGCGGCAGCAGGAUCGAGGUGCGCACAACAUCGACCUCGCGGCCGGCGCGCGUGGUCCCAGUCGUUGUGGACGAGCCCUCAGAACUGGGCCCGCGCGGCAGGCCUCACGUCGAGCGCGUCGUCUUGGAGACGUCCACAUCGCGCAGGCUUUCGGGGAGUCGGCCGCCGCCUCCGCCCGGAGGUCCCACUUAUGGCGUGCCGGUACCCGGACCGAGAAUUGUGCAUAGCGACGAUGAGAGCAGCGAGGAUGAAGUUGUCGUCAUUGAGGAGAGGUCGAGGUCGCCGCCGCAGAGGAGGCACCGGAGCAGACGAGGGUCGAGCGCGUACGAAGAGAGGAGGUAUAGCGAGUCGAGGAGAAGACCCUGA